UGGCGCUUUGCAGCAUGCUGUUUAGUGCGGCGCAGGGACUACUUUCUUCUCCGCCCCUUUAGUCAGAUCUGUGAAAUUGUACUGCGUGUGCCAUUAGGGAAUUUCAUUAUUUAUAGAAGCAGAGAGAGACCCACGCUGUAUAACUGUAUUAUUUUUACACAAUGGCAGCCACCAGCCUCAUUUGCAUCAAUACAGUACUGCCCUAACCUGUACUGAAGGCUCACAAUCGUUGUUUGUAGACCAGCCCCCCUGGAGGUAAUUGAAAAGGGGUAGGGGUUAAUUGGUGAAUUCUGUGGAGGCACGGCAUAAGCAAGAUGGAGGAUGCUGAUUUGUUUAUGGAGUGUGAGGAGGAGGAGCUGGAGCCAUGGCAACAGUUUAACCAGAAUGAGCCAGAGGACACACUGGUCACUUCUGAAAAAACUAUUAUUGGAGCUGAGAAUCCAGCUUUGCCCAAACCUGUUGUAAUUUCCACCAUGCCUCCAGCCACCAAUAGCUUAAGUUCAGUCCCAUUGAUCACCAGUACAUUGCCUACAGCUGCUGGGAUCACUAAAGCUGCACCUGGGCAACAGCUGAUUCUAACACAGGGUGCAGGAGGAUUGACACCAAUGGCUUUGUCGCAGGUUAUUCUGCCUGGAGCAAAUGCUGCUGGAGGCCAGCCCAUUUACUUGACCACACAGGGGAUCCCUGUCCAAAAUCUCCAGACUGCUCAGAGCCCAAUGAGUAUUGUGUUGAACGUGCAGCAGGGCCAAGCUGUCCGACCCAUUACUCUAGUCCAAGCCCCUGGGACACCUGGGAUUUUUAAACCAGCUCAAAUAAUUACCCAGCAAGCUCCAAUGAGGCCUACAACUCAAGUGGUGACCCGGACACAGGCUCCUGGUCCCUUCUCUACCGUGCAGAUCCCUGCUACCCUCACCAUACGAACCACAGCACCAGUCAGCCAGCCCAGGGUGAAGUUUGUAUCCCAGGUCACUCAGCCUUCCGCCACAGCGAGGACCAUCCCUAUUAACACGCAGACUAAAAUUGUGACUGUAAAAGCAGGAGAUGGCAACCUGGAUGUGCAGAACCUGAUGAGUCUUAUGAACACUGUCAGUCUUCCUGGCAUGGGCCAGCCUCAGACCUUGAUUGUCAUGAGCAAUCAAAAGGCUAAUGGUGCUUCCCCUGCUGCCCCAGCCCCCGCUCCUGCCCCCGCUGCUGCCCCUGCUGCUGUCCAGACAAGUGUUCCCGUAACUCAGACCAGUGCAGUGCAAGUUAAUCCUACAGCACCGUUAUACCACACCUGCCCUCGAUGCAAAGCAAAGUUCAAAAUGGCUGAGGCUCUCCAGGGACAUAUGUGUUUCUGCUGUCCGGAUGUGACUCGAUCCGCCAGCACUGAUGCACCUGCAGCGAAGCCUCUGAUCGUUCAGAACAAGAGCCUCCCAGUGCAAGUGAAGAGCGAAAGCAUAGACAACAGUCCAGAGGAGCCCCAGCCGAGAAUUGUGAUGUUGGUGGAUGACUUCUACUACGGAACUUAUGAAGGAAAUCGAGUCUAUGUAGCCUCAGACAACGAGAAAGGGCCUAGAUCAUUCAAAUGUCUCACCUGUGGAAAAAAGCUGAAGAGCAAUAUCAGGCUCAUGAACCACAUGAAGUUCCAUGUAGAGCAGCAGAGUGAUGAGGCAGACAAACACACAUGUUGCCCACACUGUUUUCGCCAGUUCCCAUCUCCGUCUCGCCUUCAGUCCCACGUGGAGAGUGUGCACAACACACGUGUGUCAUCUAGCAAGUGUAAAAUUUGUGAGUGGGCCUUUGAGAGUGAACCUGUUUUCCUGCAACACAUGAAGAACACUCAUAAACCUGGAGAGAUGCCAUACGUCUGUCAGGUGUGUGAGUAUCGGUCUUCGUUAUACUCUGAUGUGCACGACCACUUCCGCACGUGGCACGAGGAUACACGCUUCCUGCUCUGUAUUUACUGUUUAAAGGUCUUUAAACACUCCAGUACCUACCAGCAGCACUUCUCUCGCCAUCAGAAUUCGUCAGUGUACCAUUGUAACAAAUGCCGACUUCAGUUUCUCGCCACGAAGGAGAAGAUUGAGCAUAAAGUCAAUCACCACAAAACUUUCCGCAGGCCAAGUCAACUGGAGGGGCUUCAGGCUGGGACUAAGGUGACCAUUAGGGCAUAUGCAGCAAAGAAAACUGCAGGCCCACUGUCUUCAAAAAUCGGUAAAGAGACAACCAACACAUCUCAGUUUGGCCAAGCUUCCGCAGGAAAUAACCUAAAGCUACUUUCACCACAAAACACUGCAGCUGGGAGGAAACAAGUCAGCAAGAUGUACGACUACCUGGUCAAGUUUCAGGAGCAAAGAGUAUUGUUUGGGAGACAGAAGUGUGUAGAGUGCACCUUUGACAUCCCAGACUUUGCCAAUCACUAUCCUACCUAUGUCCACUGCUCACUGUGCCUGUACAGUACAUGCUGCUCCAGGGCAUACGCUAACCACAUGAUCAACUAUCACGUUCCAGGCAGAAUUCAUAAAUCCCGCACUAAGAAGGUGACUGUCAGUUGGUUAAAGCUGACGUGUGCAUGUUGUAACUACACGACUACUCAGGGAGACCUGAUGGCUAAGCACCUGGUCCAGUUCCCAGAUCACCAUCACUGUGCCUUUUUCAUGAAAGGUUGUCUAGAGACUGAUAUUGAGUUUUGCCAGGAGGUUGAGGAGCAGGAGAAGAAGGAGAAAGAAAAGGAGGAGGAAGAGGAGGAGGGAAAAAAGAAGGAAGAGGAAGAGAAGAAAGAGAAGGAGAUGGAUAAGGAGGAGUUUGAAGAGAAGAAGGAGGAGCCUCAGCAGCAGGAGGAGGAGAUUAUGGAGGGGUUACCAAUGGAAGAAGCUAGUGAUGUUGAGACAAAUCUUGAGCCUGACUGGCUGUCUAUGGAGAGCUGGAAGGUUCCAGAUGAUGAAGAAUCAGUGCCAGAGUUUACAGACAGCUGUGGAGCGCAGCAUGUCACGUCCAAGAGCAGCGAUGUCCUUGAGUAUUUCCAGCAAAGUUUCCCUGACAAGCUCAUCGACCAAAUUGUCUUUGAGACUAAUGCUUUUGCCAAAUAUCGGAAAUCUCAAGGCAAUGGAGACCCAACUUGGUGCCCUUUGACCGUUGAAGAAGUCAAGGGCUUCAUAGGCCUUUGUAUCCUGAUGGGUGUUCAGUCUCUUCCUGAACUAGACAUGUACUGGUCCUGGAAGCAUUACCACAGCUGUACCACCUUCUACAGGACCAUGUCCAUUGCACGCUUCAAGCAGAUCAGGUCUCAUAUUCGAAUGAGUAGCAUGCUUGUUGAAGAUGACAACCACCCUGCAGACAAACAGUUUUUUUUCAAGCAAAUGCUAAAAAUCCUAGAAGCAAGCAUGAAGGAAGCAUACAAGCCAAACAGAUGUUUGACCAUUGAUCGGGCCUUGCUGCCAACCCAGGAGAAAGGAGCUGACAGGGACGAUCACGCAGAUUCUCAGCCACGAAUAUGGCUGUUGUGUGACUCGAAAUCUGGAUACUGUCAUAAACUGGUAAUCCUGACAAAACAGGAGAAGCACACGGACUUGGGAAGCAUGGUUGUGCCUUGUCUUGUGGACGGUUUGGAAGGAAAACAUCACCAGAUUUUCAUAUCUAGCCAUCUGGCAAGUGUUCCACUCAUGAAAAAGUUAUACAAAAAGAACAUAUACUGCUCCAGCUCUAUCCCCACUCGUUGUCCAAUCCUCCCUGUGGACUUCUGGAGCCAGCCCCCACUGGAGAGCCCUGGGAACUUCAUUCAAUUCAAGCAUCCUCCAGUACUGUAUACCAGAUGGAAGGAUGCAAAGGAGAUGAACUGCCUUUCCACAAAUGCGGUGGCUGGCCAUCCUGACACAGUGUGGAGAAAGUCCAUGAACAAGGCAGGUGAACUCGACACCAUCUCAAGACCACUGGCUUUUAAGCUGCUUCAGGAUAACAUGCGUGGUGUGGACAUCUGUAAUCAGCUGCUGGCCUGCAACCAGCUGGGUGGAUUGGUCCUGGACACCAACUGGCGUCGCCUCUUCUGGUUUCUUGUCAAUUUAACUGUCAUCAACUCCUUCAUCAUACUGCGAGAGACGCGAAAAGGCAACCCACCCCCAUGGCUUCCAGGGGGCCACUUCUCUCAGGCUGACUAUCGUAAACGCCUAGGAUACCAGCUUGCCAAGUGUGCUGAAAAGGAAGCUCUCCAGAAGAAAGUGCUCGCUGACCGGGCUCAGCAAAGAAAAAAUGAGGGUAACCCCUCAAUUGGAUUUGUGGAGCAUAAGAGAGAAAGCAUUCCCCCUGCCCUGGGCUCCAGCACUCCCCGAAGCAUUGCUCGUGGCUCGUCAGUAGAUGAAUCUGCUACAUCAAUGGAAGCAUCCUCUAUGCAGGAUGAAGACCUCGAUCAGGAAUUGGCCCCUCUGGAGGGCUCAGAUUCAGAAUUUGAGACAGACGACAGUAGUCAGGAAGAGCCCCCUAGGACAAAAGAUGGGCCCAGAGAAAAUCCAAUUUCUCCAAAGACCAGUAUAGAAAAAGAGGAGACUCUGUCUGUUAGGCAGCUCAGAAUACUACUGUUCGCCUUGUGCUCUGGGAUCAAGAAAGCAGCCAAAGAAAUGAACACAAACCCUCAGCUCAUCAAAGCCUGGCUUCGAGACAAAGAGAAAAGACUGGACCAGGAGGGUCUAGGCAACAGCAGUAAAGAGGCUAUAGAGCGUUUAGUGGAGUGGGUGUUGGUUGAGCGAGAGCAGCAGCGUAUUGUCAAUGAGAAGAACCUCUUCCAGAAAGCCUCAGAGAUCCACAUGCAAACUUCUCAGAGCAGUUCCUUCCGGAUUUCGUACGAGUGGGCAGUGAGCUUUAUGCUGAAGCAUAAGCUUGGUCUGCAAAGUCCUGUCAUGAUGCUGUCCUAUCAUCAGCUUCCACGCAGCAUGGAGGAAAACUGCCUCCAUUUUACUGGCUUUGUACAGAGACAGAUACAAAUGCACAGUGUACCUCAUUCUGCUGUCGGGGCCAUGGAUGAACUUUCUGUUUUUGUUGACUUUGAUUCACUCGUUGAAGCGAACAGCACUUCCAGAGAGGCUGCCUUUCGGUUAGAGGGUAGAGAGAAACCUUGGAUGAAUAUUUAUCUUUCGUCAAUGGCAGAUGGUACGAUGCUGCCUACAUUCCUGUUUUUAAAAGGCACCCCUUUUAGCAAAAGUUUGCCCGAUUCCCUUCUUCUUGAAUCGCGAGUUUAUGGUUUUUCCGAGAACGAGGAGCUAGAAAUCUGGAAUUCUCGUGUGUGGCAGCAGCAUUUAAACUCACAAAAUGGGAGUAAGACCAUACUAGCUAUGGAUGGCCAUCAUAGCCACAUGUCUGAAGGCUUUGUGUCCACUAUGAGUGGAACCAAAACCUUGCCGGUCAUUAUUCCACCUGGGUGCACUGGCCAGCUACAGCCUUUGGAGAUGUGUGUAAAUCCUGUGCUAAAGAAGUUCUUGCUAGCUCGCUGGUCGCAGUUUGCCAACCAACAAACCAAGGUCACACCUGUAGGCUUGGCACAGGUCCUGGUGACCUGGCUUGAUGAGUUCUUGGCUUGUUGUUCAGGCAGGCCUGAGCUGAUUAAGCACUCUUUCUGCCUUUCUCAUGUAAUAGCUGAGCAAGAGGAAUGUAAGAAGGAAGCUAAUGCGCAGUUGGAGCUAAUAAAUAAACUGACAGAAGCCUUGCUUGGACCAAAGGCAGUAGAAUCCGAGGUCCUAUCUGAAGAUGAGUCUAUGGAGACAUGUGUUGAGGGUGCAGUGGAGGCAAAUACCAGAUUAAUCACUGAGAAAUCACCACACACAAAAGAGUAUGUUAAACAGGCAGAGUCAAAAACAGCUGGUCAUGAAGCAGAGACAAAGAAAAAGGAGACUGAACAGAAAGCACAGGAAAGUAUGCAUGAAAAUUUGGAUGACUCAAGUGAGACAACUUCAAAUUCUAGCUCUUCCCCUGCUCCACAUACCCUUCCACUGUCACCAUCUCAGCUUCCUGAGGAAGAGGAGCUUAUAGAACCAAUUCAAGACUCUGAUUCGUCUGUAACAGAUGUAUCUGAUGGCUAAUCUGCUGUAUGAUUGCUCAGAAGUAUGGUACCAUAUUAUGCUGUAAUUUACAACAAAGAUUAAAGAGCUUUAGUGCUACUUGAAAGCAUCUCUAGAUCUUUGUGCACUUGCUUGUUUAAUAACUAAUGUAUUUUGGGGUGGGAUGGUAUCUUGAUACAUUAAAAGUUGUAAAAAUGUAGCUCUAUGUCAAUUUAAGAUGUAGUUUGGGGUGAACAUGGCUUUUUACUGUUAAUAUUUGUAUUAUAUUUCCAACAUUGUAACUAUUCAUUGAUGGACUGAAAUCUCUUGUUCAUAAACAUUUGUUUCUA